AUGGUCAGAAAGGAUAAAUCCAAGGAAGACAAAGAGAGUAAAACACAGAUUGGUCUAAUGCAAUCUGAGAUCAUUGGAAUCCGGUUGAGGAAAACAGCAGAAGUUUUCAAUCUCUCAGAUCAGUAUCUCCCACUGUGGAAUGAGAGUCCUGGUCAGUUCAGUGACUACAGUAUGGAGAAUGGAAAGUACAUUAUUGAUCCCUGGGUAUACCUUAAGAGAAUGGGCAUGUAUAAAAUCCUCCUGAACAAGACAGCCAGUUAUUUUGAAAGAUUUGCACCAGAUAAUGAACAAAAUUUUUUAUGGGGAUUACCUUUGCAGCAUAGCUGGCAGUAUAUAACAGGCAGAUUGGUUGAUCCCACCCGAACGACAGACUGUGGCUAUGAAUCUGGAGAUCGUUUGUGCAUCUCUGUAGACAGUUGGUGGGCUGAUAUGAAUUACUUUCUGUGUGCACUGCCCUUCCUUGCUGCGGUUGAUUCUGGCAUAAUGGGGAUAUCAUCAGAUCAAGUGCUGCUUUUGCCACCACCCAAGGACCAGACAAAGUUUUGUCUUAGUGUUUCUAGCUGUCAGUCCUCCUUUCCUUUGACGAUGAGGAAGUGGAAUGCCCUUUACAAGCAUUUGCAGUCACCUUCUAGUAGCUUCGAGGACUUACUGAAGUACUUGUGGGAGGCACAUGUCUCAAGCUUGAAAGACGGUUACAAAAUUUUUGAAGACAGGCUAGAAUAUUAUUCUAAACCAGAAGCAGGUUUUGGGAAAGAUUGGUGCGUGGUUUUGGACUAUCUAGCUGCAGCCAGCUUUCCCACAAUCUUUAGUACGGUAUCUGAGUUCCAGAAGGCCCUGCCACCAAGAGUGCUUGUGGAUGGGGACAGAGCUCCCUUCAUCAGUGACUUUACUGGCCUUCAGAACAUAGUCCUGCUUGGUCUAAAUCUUCUUCAUGAAGUGGAUAGCGUGACAGCUACUGAGGCCCGCAUGCCCCAGAGCCAGCAAGCUGCACCUCCUGAAGCUGCAUGCCUGGAGCCUGUGCUCUGCAACGAGAGAAACCGCCGCAAUGAGAGGCCCGUGCACUGCAACUAG